CCCCCCCCUCCUUGUCUUUCUCUUCUCCACAUACCCUCCCCAUUCCAUUGAUUUCCUCAUGAGAACAAGGACAAAACUCAUUGGAUUUGAGACGCCUCUAUCAGUCUCUCGUUCCAUUUCUCUGGCUGUCCCACAUUCUGCCACAGAUAUCGUCUUCUCUGCAACUCACUCAUAUCCCAAUCCACUCCUCCUUCUGUUUCAUGGCUGCGGCUGCUCCUCCUUCCCAGAUUUUUCAAGACAGAGAGAAUGGCACUUCUGAAAUAAGUAGGCACGAAAUUCAAAGCGCCAUAUCCAAAGCUGUGGAGCUUAGAGCUCUUCAUGCGGCUUUAACACAAGGAAGCAGCCCUGCAAAUCCUAGACUCCCAUCUCCUGCCCCUCCUCCACGCUCUGCCUCUCAGUUUUCUGCGCAAGAUUAUCCUGUUUUCACUCCCAGCUAUGAAGAUGACCCACUUCCGGGUUAUCGCCAGAACCCGGUGAAAAGCCGAAUAAUAUCAGAGAGUUGGGACGAGAAUUCACUAGAAGGAGGAAACUUCACAGAAACUGUUCUGCCAGAUUACAAGCAGAAAUCAACUUCAGGGAAGGGACAUACUUCUGGAUUUCUGAAUUGGGAAAUGGAAUCUCAUAUAUGUCCCGCCGAUGAUACCAAAUCUGUUACUGGUUCCAGUGCAAACCACAUCAAUGUUCUUCAAACGUCACCCGUUAAUGACUACUUCAGGUCUAGAAGAAGAAACAGUAUGGAGGACAUCAGGUCUGAGUCUUCCUGCAAUAAAUGUAAACCUGCGACCGUAACUAGCGAAUAUGACGGUACAAGGAAUAGGAAGAGCUCCAAUAUUGUUGUUCCCCUCACGGAUUCCCACACAUCUGUUCAAUCACAACCCAGAGGUAAGGGGGUGAUGUCAUGGUUGUUUCCUCGGUUAAAGAAGAAGCACAAGAAUGAGAAUUCCCCAAACAGAACAGAGUCUGAGGAAGUUUCUCAGGUUCUUAAAGAUUUGGGGAUAUUGUCCAUCGAGACAUUGAAGAAGGAGCUCACUGAAGCAAAUGAGAACAGAGACGCGGCGUUAAUGGAAGUGUCUGAGAUGAAAUCUUCAUUGGGGGAGCUUAGACAAAAGCUCGAGUAUCUGGAGAGCUACUGCGAAGAGCUGAAGAAAGCUCUUAGACAAGCAACGCAGGCCAAGGAUUCUCAGGUUCACGAAAAGCUUAAUAAUCUUCCCAAAAGAGGAAAAUCAGUUGAUGCAAAUGGAGAAGAUUUGGUGGAGGGUUUCUUGCAUACUGUGUCAGAAACAAGAUUAUCAGCGAGGCAAUUUUGCAAGACUCUAGUAAGCCAGAUUGAUGAAAGUGAUCAGUUCCUGAUGAACAACUUAAAUGUGCUGCUUCAACCAUAUAAACUGUCUCUGAAUUCAAAGUAUUCAAAGGCGGUAUUAUACCAUUUGGAAGCUCUCAUAAAUCAAUGUCUUUUCCAAGACUUCGAGAAUUGCGCGUUUCAAAAGAACGGGGCUCCAAGAUUGUUGGACCCGCAACAGGAUCGCCAAGCCCAAUUCUCAUCUUUUGCAGCACUCAGGAAUUUGAGCUGGAAUGAGGUGUUGAGAAAGGGAACCAGAUAUUACAGCGAAGACUUUGGCAAGUUCUGCGACCAGAAAAUGAGCAGCAUUAUAACCACUUUGAAUUGGACGAGAGCUUGGCCUGAACAGCUACUUCAAGCUUUCUUUGUGGCAGCUAAAUGCGUGUGGUUACUCCAUUUGCUGGCAUUUUCCUUCGACCCGCCAUUGGGAAUUUUAAGGGUUCAGGAGAAUACAAGCUUCGAUCCUCAUUACAUGGAAGAUAUGUUAAUGGAAAAUAGGCACAGGUCACAGUGUCCAAGCAGGGUUAAGCUCAUGGUGAUGCCAGGUUUUUAUGUUCAGGAUAGUGUAUUAAAGUGUAAAGUUCUUUGCAGGUACAAAUCUGCAGCCUAAUUUCACAGUUCAUUUUCUUUCUCCUCUUGGUCUGUAACAGUAACUGCAUAACUUGUAUCAGUUUACACUUGUGUUGUUUGGUCCGCUCAGUUGUCGACUUUGAAUUCAUGAUGAUUAUCAUUGAGCAGGUCAGAAAAGCGCAGGCUAUAAUCUCAAACGUUUUACGUUUCA